GAGGUUGUUACGUACAGAGCGUUACGUCAAUGAAGCGACGGGUGGUUUUCAGUGAGUCGGAUUCAGAUGAUGAAAUUAAGACCAAGGAAAAGCCGACAGUAAAACAAAGUACGAAAAGAUAUUCCGAGAAGAAAAGGAAAUGCACAGACGUCGAUGAUAAUCAAAUAUCCUGCCGUGAUAACUCCCAGCAGUCAAUAAUCGACGCUUUACGACGACAGCAAGAGUUAUGCAAAAUCAACCGUGGCAAGAAAGCAAAUACUAUUGAAGCGUACUUCUCACAGUCUGUGAAAUCCAAGAAGAAUGUAGUUUCCGUUGAUGAUUUCUUCGGACCAUCUGGAACAAAAUCGAAUGCUAAGCCUUCUGCUGUCGUCAGCACACCACCUCAUUCACCGAUGGAGAUCAUCCCGGAUACACCAAUAUUAUCUCCGAAAACACCUCUGGGGACCAGAGAAAGUUAUAAAAGCUCACCCCAAAUCAAUGUUAUCUCGGAGGGUGUGAAGACAACUAGUAAUCAAACGUCAUCCAUGGUUAAUGAAUCUCUUAAUGAUAGCACUGAUACUGCUGUAAAAGAUCGAAAGCAUUUUUGGGCCUACAAAGCUCGCGAUGGUCCUCGCAGUCUUGGAUCAAGAGAAAUUCCUAAGGGAACUCCGGAUUGUUUAAAGGGACUAAACUUUCUCAUCACUGGAAUACUAGAGUGUAUUGAACGAGAGGACGCUGCAAAUCUUAUUCAGAAUUGUGGUGGAAAAGUUUUAAAAACAUUGGGUAAAAAGACUGAUUAUCUCGUUGUCGGGCGUGAACCUGGUGCAGCCAAAAUCGAGAAGGCUAACAAUUUGAAAAUUAAGCAGAUUACCGAAGAACAUCUCUUUGAAAUGAUAGAAAAGUCCAGUAAUGUUCCUCUUGUAAAUCAUAAAUCGAAUGUAUCCAGCUCAGAAUCUUCCAAGAAAUUGGAGCCUGUAGAUGCAAACGAUAGUAAACAAAAUUUAAAAAGUCCUAAAAAAUCCCCUAAGAAGAAUCAAUCUACCAAAUCACCGGAUAAUGCUCCUAAAUCUCCGAAUAAAUGUGCAGGAAAAUCUGUUAUGUCCUCAUGUAGUGAACUUCCUCUUACUGCACGUCCUGUUUUAACUAAUAAUUCAACAUUCAAUAAUAAAACUGAUCGAAGUCAUAGCAGUGGUUUAUCCAAAACUCCUACUGUCAUCGAUAAGCAAGAUUCCCUAUCCAAGGAGAUGAGUUCGAAGUUGUCUGAAUUAUGGGUUGAUAAGUAUAAACCAACGUCUAUUCGCUCACUGAUUGGUCAAAACGGUGCACAAAGUCCAGCCAAUCGACUUUUAAAUUGGCUAUCUUCCUGGCACUCGAGUUUUUCAGCAGGUUUAAAAGCGAAGGCUUACUCAAGUGCCCCUCCAUGGGGCCCGUCAUCUAGUGAUGAUGGGAAGUGGGCUCGCGCAGCACUUCUUUCGGGACCUCCAGGGAUUGGCAAAACAUCAACCGCUAUUUUAGUAUGCAAAGAACUCGGCUAUACUUAUUGCGAAUUUAAUGCAUCCGAUUGUCGAUCCAAGCGGUGUUUAAGUGAAGAAAUAGGACAGUCUUUGGGUUUACGAAAUUUGUCACAUAUGGCGUUUGGUCAAGCAUCAACAUUAAAUUCUGGUCGUCACGUUUUAAUUAUGGACGAAGUAGAUGGUAUGGCUGGUAAUGAAGAUCGCGGAGGAAUGCAAGAACUUAUUAACAUGAUUAAAAUUACUCAAUUACCUAUUAUUUGUAUGUGCAAUGAUCGUCAGGCUAUAAAAAUACGCUCUCUGGCUAAUUAUUGUCUCGAUUUAAGAUUUCAUCGUCCACGAGUUGAACAAAUAAAGUCAGCAGUAUUGUCUAUUGCUUGCAAAGAAAAUGUGAAUUUACCUCCGGAUGUAUUAACAAAUAUUAUCGAUUCUAGUAAUCAUGAUAUUAGACAGGUAAUUAAUAAUGUUCAAAUGUGGUGUAGCUCUGGUUUAAUUGAUUCCGAAGGAUUAAAAGCGGAUGCAUUAGGUGCACGUAAAGAUCUACACCUAAAUGCAUUUGAUGUGAUUCGUAAAGUUUUUGCACCGGAUAUUUCUGGUUCUCAAGGCAGUGUUGCUACAUUCAAUGAAAGUUUAGAUUUAUUUUUUCAAGACUACAAUUUAAUUCCUUUGUUUGUUGAGGAAAAUUAUCUUAAUGUUAGAGUUCAUAAUACCCAUGACGAUAAAAAAAUUUUGCAAUUAAUGUCUCAAGCAGCGUCUGACAUCGCCACGGCAGAUAUCAUUUCAUCUACUAUCAGAUCAUCACGUACGGGAUCAUGGUCUUUAUUACCUGUUCAAGGUGUGUUCAGUACAGUUUCACCUGGUCGUACUCUUCGUGGCUCUUUACCUGGUGGCCCAGGUGGUGUUUCAUUUCCUUCUUGGUUUGGUAAGAACAGUACACAAAGCCGUAUCAAUCGGACUACUUCGGAAUUAGCUGCACAUUUACGAUUAGCAACUCAUUGUGGUUCAUCAAAUCCGCUUACAUUAUUGCUAGAUUAUGCUACACCAAUCUCUGAACUUAUCACUCGUCCACUUAAAGAAGGUGAUAUUGACAGUGCUAUUCAAUUUCUAAUUAAUUAUCAAAUAACAAGAGAAGAUGUUGAUUCUAUAAUGGAAUUAACUACUUGGCCGAAUCGACCGAAUCGAAUGCUUAGUGUUGAUUCGAAAGUCAAAGCUGCAUUAACACGUACGUAUAAUAAAUCAUCGCAUUUACUACCGUAUGUCAUCUCAUCAAGUGGUUCCUUUAAACGUAAACGUGGUGGUGGUGCUCCAGUUUCAUUUGAAGGGGAAAUUGAAAAUGAUUCUGGUCUAUUCGACGAUGAUGAUGAAGAAGAAGAACAGGAAGACGAGAAAGUCGACCUGAAGAAUGAUGCCAUGAUUUUAAUUAAAAAAGAAGAUCCAAAAAAGCGCAUAAACACUGAGAAAUCCAAAUUACGACGAGGAGAGCAAUGUUCAUCUUCUGAUAGCAACAAUACAAAAGAACGUGGUCGAGGUCGUGGUCGCGGUAGAGGUAGAGGUAGAGGGAAAGAUUGAAACACAUAUACAUACAUUCAUUCGCUUGUUAUUAUUCUUACGGUUUCGAUAGCAUUUCAUCUCAUCACUAAACGCUGUACAAAAGAUAAACAAAUCUAUUUGUUUGUUUGUUUUUUUUAUUGAAAAUAAGAAAUAUGUAUUUUUAUCUUUACCCUGCCAUUGUUUAUAUAAUAGGUUCUAUUUUUUUUCGUAACUUAUUGGGUUAAACUGCAUUGCUCUAUUGUUAAACAUCAGAUUAUAGAUUCAAUAAAUGUAAUUGUAUUAUUUUUUUGCUCUUAUUUCUACUAAAUUUUGCUUGCUUGUACUUGUAUUUUGUUGCAUGAUACUACAAAUGUCAUAUCUGAUCUGGCAAAAUAGUAUCAGAUUCUUCAAAGUGUUUAUCGAUUCAACAAGCUUCAAAAAUUCCCUGCUUAUCUAUUUUCAUUCUGUGUACAGUUGACUAAAAGUCUGGUUUUAGACGUUUGAUUGCUAAUGCUUCAGCAACUUUCAGAAGGUUGGAGCUUGAUUGUUUAUUAAUCACCUUGACGGACUUCAGUGUAUCGACGCCGUGUCCUGUGUCAAGAAGAUGUCUUGCGAUGACACUGUUGAAUGCUUUCAAUUUAUUUGAUGUUAAACUUUUCGGAAUAUGUUCUUUGAAUCGGACAUAGGCUCUCCUUUCUGUCAUUUUGGUCCUUUUUGAAUAGUUCAUUAACACGCUGUUAAAUUUUGGUCUCUCAUCAUAACAUUUUGUCAUUGACUAACGCUAAUGUUUUCUAAACUAUAAUAUUUAUGUUAUUUAUGACAAUUCUUAUCAAUAAUUUCCGAAAGUGUUUUUAUUCUUUACCUUGACCUCCUUCUUACUCAGGACUGCCUCAUUAGAUUAAAAUCUAUUUCAGAUGUCAUAUUACACGUUAACAUGUAUUUUAGUUAUGACCAUAUUUGUAGUGUUAUGUAUGUGAAGGUGUUGUUAAAUUAGAUUAUCAUAAGUGGCAUACUUUAUUGUAUUUCAGAAAGUUUAAAAGAUUAUAUUAAAUAUUUAUUUAGUGUUAUUCCUUGGUAGUACACACUUCAAUUUAUAAAAGUUAAUAUAGAACAUGAUCAGUAACCUUUCUGUUCACUUUCUUGAUUCAUUUCUAUAUUUAUCAUGGUUAUAUUUUUAGAAAUAAUACUUUCUUUAUCGAUCUUUCCAAGGAUUAUUCUCUUACUACGAAACUCAAUUAUCAACUUGGAGUACCCAGAUUAUACUUUUCUGUUUUUAAAUAAAAGAGACGCUAAUAAUAAUCUAACUUCUCAGCUGUCCGUCUUCUUAAUUAUUUCUUGUUGCGUGAAUGUAAUAUCACGACUUUGGUUGAUGUACGUUAGUUUCAGCUCCUACGUUGUUUACGAUUUGGAACAACUUAAAAGCAAUCAUUUUGUCAUACUACGUAGUUGUUGACUUAAAGUACAAUUCUUCAUUUGAUUGAAAUCACGAAUGGAUUUGAGUUAGACAACCAUUGAAAAUCUAGAAGCAAUGUGAUGAUUUAAGGUGUUAUUCUUGUUGAUAUAUCUUUCCAACGAUAGAUUAUUAAUAUGAUUUAAGUUGCUAAAUGUCAAUUAUUGUUUGUUUGAUUUAGAUUAAUAGCUGUUUACUUGCAAUUGUUGUAACUGAGAUGAUGGAGAAGAUUUGUGGCUCAGAUGGAUGAUUUUGAUGGAGUUUCGUUUUCUGAGCUGGACGGUUUGGUCGUUGAACCUUUCAUCGUCCUUCUGGACGACAUCAUCAGCACAAAUUUCAGAUAGCAGUUAGAUUAGGGCUGCGUGAGGAAAUUAUCAAUAUAUAUGUCGACUGAAUAGUUGUAUCAGGGAUUGUCAAAAAAGGAUUAGCAAUAGCGAACCUAAUUUGAGUAAAACGAAUGAAUUCCCACAAUAAAAGGUAUAAAAUUAGUUUGAAAUUUAGGAUUUCAGGGUAGACAAAUAGUGAAUGCAUCUACACUUUCCUAUUUAUUAUACAAUGAGAAUACAGAAAGCAGGUGCAUCCAUCUGAUCACUCCCAAACAGGACAAAACGCGCGUCCUCGAUUCCACUGCUAGCCACCAUCCAUCUUUGCUUAUAAUAGAAAGAUUACGUUGCGAAUGUUACCAACUUUAAAAAAUGCAUUUCCUAAUUUGAAAUUUAUGUACAGUUAAAUAGGACUAAUAAUUUAGUUAAAACGUUGACUUUAGUACCACUGCAAACACUUGCUUAAAAGUACUAUUUCGUAGUUAAUAUUACCAUUCACUUGUUGAUAUGUAUUGUAAUUAUUAAAUUAUCGAAUAAAUCAUUCCAGCAUUCAUUCUCAUGAAGUAUUGAGAGCGGUAGUUUAUAAUUUUGCCUAUACAACACAAAACCCACACCAACUACUUCACCUGAUAUCGUAUAUGCAAACAUAUGAUUCUCUUGACAAAAUCUACUCGUUUCCAAACUACUUAUCAAAAUACCAUAAAAUUGUGAAUAUUUUCGACAACAUGAACCUAUUAUAUAAUCGGAAUAGUAGCUAUGUAGUUAAAACGUUCAACUUUUAGCCACUAAAACUCAUACUUGAUAAGUACCCUGCCAUGUCGCAUAACUGCCUCUCACACUUGUGGUGUGGCUCUAAACCAAGUACAAGAAAAUGUCACUUAGUAAAUCAGUCGACUUAAAUAUAAUUGGGCUUUACUCAAUCAAUUCUUUUAGUCAAUAAUCAUACUGUGUUGUUCUCGCCUUUCAUGUAGCUAACAAUAUUUCGUUGUUAUCA